AUGGAUAUACCAGAGGGUAAUGGAAUCCCUCCUGCUAAUGGGCAGGGUCGAGUUAGGCAAGCUCGACAGAUCGGACUUGGAGAUGCCCCAAACCGCCACCAGCAAAGACAAGGGAUUGUCCCACCUCCUGUCCAGAACCACAACUUUGAGAUCAAGCUGGGUAUGAUCAAUCUAGUGCAGAACAAGGUAUUUCAUGGGCUGUCAAGUGAAGACCCAAUAGAUCACCUUGAUGAGUUUGAUUGCCUGCCCCAUGGUACAAUCACUACAUGGGAUGAUUGCAAUAAAGCCUUUCUUGCUAAGUUCUUUUCAAUUGGGCGCAAAACCAAGCUAAGGAGUGAGAUCUCAUGCUUCACUCAGAGAAGCAAUGAGACAUUUGCUGAAGCUUGGGAAAGGUUCAAGGGUUACACCAGUCAAUGCCCUCACCAUGGCUUCAACAAUGAGUCUUUGCUUUCUACACUCUAUAGAGGAAGUUUGCCUAUAUAUAGAGAGAUGCUAGACACAGCCAGCAAUAGAAACUUUCUCAAUCAGGAUGUAGAUGACGGCUGGCAUCUUGUGGAAAACAUUGCAAACUCGAAUGGGAGUUAUGGAGAAGAGUAUAACCGCACAAACCAGAGCUCGACCCACAACCCGAUCGAGUCAGAUGACAAAUUGUGA